AAAAAAAGUUCAACUGAACUUCGUAGUCAGAAAGGGGAGAAAGGUUUUGCGACAAUUGCAAACUUAAGUAGCAGUGACUUGCCAUGGCAUUUCGGCGCAGAAACAAGAGUUACCCUUUCUUCAGCCAGGAGUUUCUCAUCCAGAACCACGCCGACAUCGUCUUCAGUUUGGUGAUUUUGAUUUUGAUUGGAUUGAUGUUUGAGGCAACAGCAAAGACGGCCAUAUGGUUUAUCCAGCCCCAGUACAAUGUCACCACACUGAUACCAGAGGGAGAAGUGACAUUGUAUCAUUAUGGAUGGAAGGACUGCGCCACCAUCCUCUUCUACUUCUUUAUCGCCAUCAUACUUCACGCGGUGGUGCAGGAGUAUCUACUGGAUAAAAUCAACAGGCGACUCCAUCUGUCCAAGAGCAAGAACACCAAGUUCAACGAGUCGGGUCAACUUUGUGUGUUUCAUUUGGUGUCCAGUGUGUGGAGUUUCUACAUCCUCGUAACUGAAGGUUAUCUUCUGCAUCCCAGCAGACUUUGGGAAAACUAUCCACAUGCGCACCUAAGGUUCCAGGUGAAGUUUUUCUACCUCACUCAGCUGGCCUACUGGCUCCAUGCUUUUCCUGAACUCUACUUCCAGAAAGUGCGCAAGGAGGAGAUCCCACGACAGUUGCAGUACAUCGGCUUGUAUCUGCUGCACAUCUUGGCGGCGUAUGUGCUAAAUUUGAACCGUGUGGGUUUGGUGCUGCUCUUCCUCCAGUAUGUGUCUGAGCUGGGCUUCCACAUCGCCAGACUCUUCUACUUCACUGACGAGAACCACCAGAAAAUGUUUGACGUGUGGGCGGCCAGCUUCGUGAUUACUCGCAUGUCGACGCUCACGCUCAUGUUUCUCGCCGUCGGGUUCGGUUUGGCCCGCUGUGACAAUCAGGCGCUGGACUGGGAGAGCGGCAACUUUAACACGGUGCUCAUACGGGUGACUGUUCUUCUGCUGGUCUGUCUGACACAAUCUUGGCUCCUCUGGAAGUUUAUCCGCUUCCAGCUGAGACGCUGGAGGGAAUUCAGACAUGAGCAGGCCCUCCGCAAGAAGGCCGCCACCAAACAAUCCCUUCGGCCGAUGAAGCGAGACUCUCUUGGGCAUUAUGAAAACGGAGUCCUAAAAGCCGAGAACGGGACCUCUCCUCGGAUCAAGAAACUCAAGUCCCCCUAAGGAAACAAUCUGACUGAGUUGAGCGGUGGGUCCCGGUCCAAGCUGACAUCCGUGAAUACAACAGGGGGAGCUGGUGUAUCCUGGUCCAGUUCUAUCCCAACACGCUCCGGAGACUCUUGUGAUUACAGACUUAAGCUUGAAUGCUGGAAAAUCAAAUGCAAGGAAAUUCCUUGAGCCCAACAGAUAUUUACUCUCGUGUUUUUAUUUUUAUUUUUUUUCCCCCCCAUACAUCCGAUGACCUGCUUUCACACAUUAAGGUGCGCCAUCAAGUGCAAAAUGCCAGAAGUGUGCAAACACAGUAUGUAGCACGUUACUGUGUAGCAACUUUUCAAUGUGUUCAUGUAAUCCUCAUUACCAAGUACUGUAUUGCUCGUCCGAUUGCCGUUGAGCCAGCUUUCCUUCUUUUCCAGUCUGAGCUGUUGGAAGUAGCAAAAACGUUACUGACAAGAACAUGAUACAAGCUUACUGUAAGCCAGCAUUAAUGUUAGCACACAGACCCUUUCUGAAGUUUAUUUCCAUAAUUCCAUUCAAAAAGUUAAACUUUCAGAAAUUUAAGAUUCAGGGCCCACAAUUUCAACAAUUUCAAGCAUUUAUUUAUUUACUUUUUACAUAAUUUUGGCUUCAAGCUCAUAAAACCCACAAAAUCAGGAAUUCCAAAAAUUCGAAUACUGUGAAGAAAUCAUUUACUUAGGAAAUUAGGGUCACAUUAAAUCAAUCCAAAUAUGGUACUUUCAAAACAAUGUUGAUACUUGUUUGGGAAUCCUUCUGCUUUACUUCACUGCCUCAACACGCCGUGGCAUUGCCUGGGAGUUAUGGAAGCCUGUAUUUCUUCUUUGUUUUUGGGUCUGCUGCCCCUCAUUUUCCUCUUGAUAUAAUACCCCCUUAGAUUCUCAAUGGGGUUUAGAGCCGGCGAGUUGGCUGGCCAGUCAAGCACUGUGAUGGCAUGGGCAUCAAAACAGGUUUUGGUGCUUCUGGUGGUAUGGCUGGGGCCAGCUCCUGCUGGAAGAUGAAAUAUGCAUCUCCAUACAGAUGCUCAGCAGAGGGAAUCAUGAAGUCCUAGAAAACAUUCUGGUAGACUUCUGUGGAUAUUUCACACUGGCCCUCAAGCAGCUUGGGUUGUUCUUCAACAGUCUCGGACCUUGAUUCCCGAAUGAAAGGCACACUUUACUUUCAUCACAGAAGAGGACCACUGGCCAACAGUCCAAUCCUCCUCCUCCUUGGCCCAGCUGAGACACUUCCUACGUUGGCUCAGAAGUGGCUUGACCAGAGGAACUCGACAGUUGUAGCCCAUCUCUCGGAUGCGUCUGAAUGUGGUUUUUGAAGCUGUGACUCCCGCCUCAUUUCACUCUUUCUGGAGCAUGACACCUGGGGCAACCUGUGCGGGUGCUUUGAGUUUAGUAGUUUGUGACACUCCGUUUAAAACAUUAAUGGGCAGAUUUCAUCACAGUAUUAAAUUUUUUUGAAUUCCUGAUCUCAUGGGUUUUAUGAGCUGGAAGACCAAAUUAUGUAAAAAUAAACAAACACUUAAAUUGUUUAAAUUGAAUCUAUAAUCUAUGAAAGUUCAACUUUUUGAAUGGAAUUAUGGAAAUAUUGUUUUCCAUGAUAUUCUAGUUUUUUGGAAAGGGUCUGUACCUGUGUAAGGUAAUUUAAGGGCAGGGGGAGGGACUUUGGCUAACGAGUAAAAAAGUCACCAGAUUUCCUCCCAAGUACAUCAUGUCUCACAUUUGUCACUUCCAAGUUAAGCAUCAUGUUCUUCACCGCAUGUAAUUCCACAAAUUGUUCUUGUGUUCAAUGAUGAAUAAUGUAAUUUUCAUAAAAAAAUGGUACUCAUCUUUUUCUGUCACACAAAAAAGUGCCCAUAAAUGUUGUUUUAUGCCUGGCAA